AUGUUCCUCAUUUUUAAUGAGGCCAAUAAAUAUGGACCUCGCAGUGGAUCACCCAGUACGGAAGGUCAGAGACAGAGGCGAUCGCCAGCAAACCAUAAAGUUGAAUUUUUGCCAGUCGUUGACUAUCCAAUCUACAGCUUCUGGUUCAACCGAAGUACCGGUAAUGCCACAACUGAUGCAGCAAAAAAGUUGGACGCCAUUGAAAACAUAAGGGAAUUUUAUGCCUUCGUGAUGAAUGCGAUUGACAUUCGAUACCAGAAAAUCGUAAGCACAGCUAUAUCAAUCGAUAUCGUCUUUGCCGGGAUUUUCAUUGCUGAUGCACCAACUAUCUCAACGUGGACGGAAAGCAACAAGUCGACGGCUACACCGCGUGAUAAAGUUGAUGCACUGACUGCCCUGAAAGCCUUCAAAGACUGGCUUGCUCAGACAACUGAGGGCUACGACCAUGCCAUGGCAUUCACCGGAUACGACCUUGCCAUGAACGGAUCAACCUCAAAUGCAGGACUGGCUUGGACACCCGGGACAUGCAAGCACAUUUCCAAAUUGGCGAAUAGCAUUUCUGAGGACCAUUUUGAAAGUAGUUUGGCGAUAAUUGCGGCGCAUGAACUUGGACAUAACCUCGGAUCAAAGCACGACGGAGAUGGAAACAAUUGUUUAGAAGACGACAAAUAUGUGAUGUCGCCUAGUUCCGGAGGGGUUAUCGACCAACGAGCCUUGAAUCAUUGGCUGUUUUCUACCUGUUCCGUUUCUCAGAUCGAAGCGUAUAUACUUGAACUUGAUAGGUAUAAAUACUGA